AUUUAGUGAACGGGUCUCUCCUGGUUACUGCACGUCCUUCAAUCUGAUCAUAUUUAUAUUCACGUUUUAAUAUGAAUAUUUUGUAAAUAUAUCCAUAUUGUAUAGAUGGAUAUCUUGGUGGUUCAUUGUGGUAGCACCAGGGUUGGUGGAUUUAAUACCACUUCUUCUCGACCUCCGUAGAGUUUGAAUGUUCUCACUAUGUUGUGUUGGUCUCUCCGGGCAAUUAUGGCGAUUGGUGUUUAUAAAUUACCUGUAGAUUGUAUGUCUGUAUGUGUACUCUACAAUGGACUGACAUCCAGACUUGUGCAUCCUGGGACAGACUGGAAAAUGGAUAAAAUGCAUAGAUAAAAUAGCAUAUGCCUUUUCCUUAUUUUGUGUUGGUCUUCAGAGGUUUAAACAAGCCUGAUAUAAGAUGUACAAAACGCGUAAUGGGAUCCUCUCGAUGUCGGGAAACGAACCUUUUCUUGUCAGUAAAAUAUGCGGUUGUUCUUCGAAAGUAAUCCAAUACAGAACCAGAAGUCCUAGCCAGAGAAGUCUGAACAAACAAACACGUUUACAUGUUUGAUGAGCAAAAACUUUUGUUCGAAUGAUAUAAUACGUCACACUGCAUUAUUUACGAAGCUGUUUAAGUGAACUUCGUGAACUCUUAUCUGAAGCCUGGGAAAAACCUGAGCAGGAGAAAUAAAUGUGGACGUCAGUGGCAUCUGAGAAAAAUAUUGCCGAAUACUGAUAUCCAACAGGGGUCUCUUAUUCCAAACAUAUUUUUUUUACCUCGUUUUGCGAUAAAUGAUUUAGGAAAAACACUCAGGAACUCAGCUAUAGUUACUGAACCAGUCGUUGUAUCCUUCACAAGACACACCUGUUAUUUUUAGACUGCUUUUAACAGGUCGUUCUCACUGAGGAUAAUAAUCCCGAAAACACAGUCCCACGUAAAUAUUACAUUUCCGUUUUAGAAGCAAUACAUUGACACCGAUUAUAGAAUUUAGCUUUCAGGCAUGUACCUUUGCCCAAACACGGCCGGAAUACUCUAGGCUAUAUAAAUAUGCCAUUGGAUGACAGAUUUAUAGCGAAGCGAUUUAUAUUUCUUAGCUCUCGUUAAACACGCGAAGCACGACGGUGCACGCCCACUAAAAUUAAUUUAUCAUAGUAUGUGGGUUGGGUCGGUCGUAUAUCAUCCAUGGGAGGAGCUCCCAUGUGGAAGUGCUGAAUGCUGCGGUGCCUCGGACCCGACGGCGGUGUCAGUGAGGAGGGUUGCGGAAUGGGACGGGAGUCUCCGCUAAGAUGGAGGUAAGCAUGUCAGAAACAUCUGACUAUAUAAGCAUAGUGCGGACAGAAAGAUACGGUGACAUUUUUAAAAGCAGAGAACCAGGAAAAGCGCGUAUUCUGUAUUCCAGGGUGUCAGAUGCAUGCAUUCAUCCACCUUGUGUCAUUGCAGCGUCUGAAAAAUAUUAGAAACAUGCUCACAGUAUGCAGAUUGAGAGUAUAGUAGUCAACUACAUGUAUGCAACGAUUCACAGUGUUUCGUCUUACUUUAUACGAAGAGUCAGGUUGUCAGGAAUAACCGAAACGGUAAGUUCCUUCAGAUACGGCAAUUGGACUGUCCGUUUUGGGCACUGCACUUGUUUUACAGGUGAUCAGAAGUUGGUGAUGGCUGCCCUCCAUUGACACUUAUCGUUUAAUCCUAUUUGCUGAAAACUCCGUUUUUUAAUGGAAAACGUGUCCCAUGUUUUCCGAUUAAUAGUCGUCUCGCAUAGGCAUAUAAUCUGUGAAUACUUAUAGUAAAUCCAAUGUAUUGAUAGAUAUACGCUUUUCGUUCAUUGUGAUACCAGCCACUGAACUAAGUCAAUAACAAAUUGGACUUCUUGGUCAUCUUGAUGAAAAAUAUGAUUAGAAAUUUGUUUUUAAAAGAUUAAAUCCUUUAUUUGCCACUUGCACAAGUACCUCGCCCAUCUUUGUCUCCAUUGGGGUGGGUGUACAGCGCAUGGUCAGCCGAAAUGCGGCCCCUGGAGCUGGUGGUUAAGGGCCUGACUUAAGGACCCAUGGACGUGCCUAUUCGGCCGAUGCCGGAUCCCGAACCGGUAUUCCGAUCCCCGGAACUUUGGAUUCAUUAUUUAUCCCGCUGAGCUACUCACACUUAGUUUAUAUAUAUGCAUUAUUACAUAUUUCCUUUUUUAAAGUAAUAUAAACACAUUUUAAUGAUCAGAUCUAAUACCUAAAUCUAGCAACAAAAUUGCGAAGUCGGCAUCGCUACCCCCCCGCACGUGCAUGCUGCCAAUGCACUUUAGAAGCCGCGAGCACGUUUGCAUUGCUGGCAGUAGACAGUGUUCUGUGCUUCAAUACUGCAACCACAACAGUACAACCACUGUUGUAAUGUUACCACAACUUCCCCCUUAAAUAACCUUUCCAACACAGGACCCAUACUAUACUUUCAUGUUCAGUACGUACUGCAAUCGUGAUGAUAAGCACUGUAUACUCCUUUUCGACCUUCAGCGUAAAUCCACGCGUUUUAAAACGUUCACAUGGAGUUGCAUAGUAAAGUAUUGUGCGAUUUGAUUAAUUAAUUCAGUCUUUGUUUGCGUUAAUUAAAUUUGACGCACUCAAUGUGCUGUCUGCCGUCCAGGUGCUACAAUGUUCCCAUGGAGACGCGCGGAAAAACGCCCGACUGGACGACGAUCGUACUCCGGAAUAAAAUAAAAUAUCAGUUCGACUGGACUUGUAUUUGCAGUGUGAUCCAUUGCAAUGACCUCCAGGAUGGUGUUUUAAAUACUGCGUCGCGCAGCUAUAAAUAAACGGUGGAAUUUGGAAUUAUUGCAAUGCCAAAAGCAGAUUAUCUACGCGUUUUCGUACUAGAUCGCACGGUUAUUCUGGUCCCUCCGGGUUUUUGUGCUUGUCGGUGUGUGUAGUUUUUUUAUAAGAAGUAUUCUUAUAUAGAAAAUCAGCAUAAAAGCGGGUAAUGCUUUCGAGGUGAAGGGGGGAUUACGCAACGCCGGUCGGACUGGUUUCAGCAGCUGAUGGUGCGUUUCAUGAACACGGAUAUAAGCUGGUGACGGCAGAAGUGGAGUCACCGCUGGAGGAAAGACAGGAUCGCAGCAAAUAAACAAGUGCGACCCAUGAUGUAGAAAGGUAAAUGUGGAUUUGAAGCGCAAUCGAUCCAGGAGCCGCGCUGACGGCGUAACUGAGCCGCUGACGGGGGAGAUGCGGCAGAUCGCCGAGCACGGUGCGGACGGCAUGGUCUCCAUUACUGGCGUCAGCAACUCGUGUCAGGAUCCAGUAACAUGGAGAAAACACUCUGUGACGUCGAGCGCAGGAGGGGACGGGACUGGGGGCACUCAAGACGGUGACCCUGAAGAUCAUGAAGAAGAGGACAUCGGGGGGACCCUCAUUAUUCCCCACAGUGCCACAGUGGAGCAGGGUGGUUGCAGCAGCACGCAGCAGGUGGCGCCAGAUGGCGGGUGGGGCUGGGUGGUUUUGAUGGCCACCAGCGUGGUGCUGGCGCUGACUGUAGCCUUCCCCUCCUGCCUUGGCAUCUUCUACACAGAGCUGCAGACUGAAUUUGAAGCCAGCAACACGGAGACCUCCUGGGUGCCCUCUAUCAUGACAGCAAUGCUACAUGCUGGAGGCCCCUUAUGCAGUGUGCUGGUGGAGAGAUAUGGUUGCCGGGCAACCGUGAUGAUUGGUGGGGUCUUGAGUGGGCUGGGCAUGGCGGCCAGCUCCUUCACAAGCACCCUGACGGAGCUUUACGUCACCGCCGGCGUCAUCACAGGGUUGGGCUUCUGCUUCUCCUUCCAGCCGGCCGUCACCAUGAUGGGUCACUACUUCGUGCGGCGUCGGGCGUUCGCCAACGCCAUGUCGUCCACGGGCACCGCCGUCGGCCUGAGCGUCCUGCCCCUGCUCUCCCACUUUCUGCUCAGCCAACUGGACUGGAGGGGCAGCUUCCUGGUGCUGGGGGGGAUUCUGCUGAACUGCUGCGUGUGUGGCGCCGUCAUGAGGCCCGUCGGGGGAGGACGCAGCGUGGCGAGCAAGCAACGGCGGCGGGAGGCGAAGGGAAGUGCGGCGACCACCAGGGGUCUCCUCAAGGACUUUCUGCGCAAGUAUCUGGCCUUUGACCUCUUCUGUAGCAACAAGCGGUACAGAGCCUAUGCUCUGUGCGUCACCUGGAUGAUGUUGGGUUUCUUGGUACCGCUGGUGUACCUAGUGCCCUACGCCACUUCCCAAGGCUUGGGGCACGGCCAGGCCGCCCUACUGCUCGCCAUUCUGGGCUUCGUCAACAUUUUCAUCCGCCCUCUAGCCGGCCUGCUCUUCGCGCUGCCCUGGUUCCGGGGCCGCCACGUCUUUGCGUACGUCUUCGCCGUCGCCCUGCUCAUCAACGGGCUCAGCAACUGCAUCUGCUGCCUGGAGACCAGUUUCAGCACGCUGUUGGCCUACGUGCUGGUCUUCGGGGUCUCCAUCAGCGUGGUGGGCUCGCUCAUCUUCACCGUGCUCAUGGACGUCAUCGAGAUGAGCCGCUUCCCCGCCGCGCUGGGUCUGCUCACCAUGAUGGAGAGUACCACCAUCUUGGUGGGCCCUCCCUUGGCAGGGUUGCUGGUGGACCGCACGGGCCAGUACACCUACGUGUUCUACGCCUGCGCUGUGUCGGUGUCCAUGUCAGCCAUCUACCUCAUGGUGUCCUUCUAUUGGCUGGACAGAGAGGGCGACGCAGGCGUGAAGGGCCGUCCCCCGCAGCCGUCCAAUCCCCUUGCUGCUCUUUCCUCCCACUGCGAGUACAGCAACAUCCCUGCAAAGGGAGAGAAAGGCCCAGCGGCCGAGAUGCACGUCACCAGCGUGUGAGCCAUGUCACCACGUGUGAGCCGCAUCACACUCGCGCAUCUGCUGUGACUUUGACAUUAUUGUCAUCCCAGCAAAUGUUGCCUGCUGAUGUUCAAGGAGUUUAACAAGGAGUCUGAGUCCUUUGACACCUUAUCGAGUCUUUUGAACCAUUCCUUCUGUUUAAGGAUGAUCAAAUGUCUUUAACGCACAUGGUGGGUACAUGGUUCUGCACACUUAGGUGAUUUAGAUAUUUUUUUAAGCUUAAUGGGGCUUAUUGGGGCUCAGAUAGUUUGAACCCCAGGCAUAACAGGCUAGGCCUGUAUGUAAUCUGCAACUGAGAGACCAUCUUAGAAAUGGUUUUACGUGGUCAGUGCCAGAGGUGUAGAACGCCAAAGUGAGACAUUAACGUACAAACUUUUAACUUAUAGUGCACUAGGUCAGGAAUGAAGUUAUUUCCAGUAGGCACGCUUCAAUGAACCUUAAACUAUGAACAGGCAUCUACUGUAGGCAAGUACUAAUUAAUAGUGUAUUUUAGGUUUUUUAGGGGACAAUGUUAAAAUACACAUUUUUUUUUGACAAUUUUUCCAUUUGAAUGGAAAGCCUUAAAUUUCUUUAAUAUGUUUCUUUUCUCAUUGUCCCUCUUCAGGGCAAUGAGUGAGUAGUUCUUCAGUGCACCAGAGAAACAGGGCCGUGACUAUUGGCUGCAUUUUAGCAGAUAAACUUGAAUCAGGCAGCAGUUAUUUUUUGAGGGAUAUCGUCCCUGUGCCAACUGUGCCUUUGUAACCAGACUGAAUGCAUCUGUAUGAGACAGAUGGUUUUAAGAAAAUGUUCUAGCAUCAUGUUGUGGUGACGAACCAGUUUCCAAUGGUUACCUCCUACCACAAUGCAGACAUUAUCUUAUACUCUAAGUGUGACAAGAUUGAUUUGUCACCACAAAGAUCACCUGUACAAGGGAAUCUUAUAAGUGAUAUGUAACACUAUAUUUGAUAUGGCACAAAUACUAUUACUGUAUACUAUUACUUAUGUAUUAAUUAACCACAAACUAAGUCUGUUACAUAUGGAUCUCAUGUUAAUUCAUCAUUAAUGAAUCAUGAUGCAUGAUUUAUCCCAAGC